CAUUCUCUCUGUUCAUCUCUCAUUUUCCCUUUCUCAAGUUCAUCUCUCUCUCUCUCUCUCUCUCUCUCUCUCUCUCUCUCUCUCUCUCUCUCUCUCUCUCUCUCUCUCUCUCCAAGAACUCGACGCAAAGGCGAGAGCUCACGGCAGCAGAUGACGACUCAAAGUUUGUUGUUCUAAAUCAGCUGAAGUUGUUUUCUAUGUAUAAGAAAGAUAGAUAUUGGACAUGUGUGAUUAGAUAUUGCUGUUGAUGAGCUAAAUAAGUAGUUCGGGAAUUGGUACUUUGCACAGGGUACAAUCGCAAGUUUUUGGUGGCUUUUAGGAAAAAAAAUAUAUAUCAAGAAACUGCAGAACAUACAUUACUUCUCAAAGUUCAGCUAUUUCAGAUAAUUUAUUACUCUUGAAUUUAAAGGAACAUUUCUGUUAUUCGGCCUUUGAAGAUUUUAUCUAUACCUCAGUGCCAAAGUCAAUUAAUUCAAGAGUGAUUGAAUGAAAUUUCUUUACUUUUAAAAAAAUUCAAGGAUGAAUUUGAAUUUUGAAGAGCGGAUUCCAAUACUAGGAACAGAAGAGUUUCAGUCUGAAAGAUCUUGGGUGCCUGCAACACCAGAGAAGUCACCUGUUUUGGGAAGAUCUAUCGCAUUCUCAGAUAUCCAACAAGGUAGACAACAGGUGCCAUUGAAUUCACUAGAAUUGGCAUCAAAUACAGGAAGAUGUGCAUCAAAUAAAGACUGUUUAACUCAAAUUUUCAAUCCCAAUUCACAAGUGAGCCAAACUAUGGGGUAUUUUAGAUAUUCAGAUGAACAUUCAACAGAGGAUAACCUGAUGGCAAAUGGCAGAGCUGGUUCUCUUCAACUUUCUUUACCCGACGCUUUUGUAGACUUUAAUAAUGUAUCGUUCAUGCAACUGUUGCAACAUGGGGAAGCUGAAGUCCCCUCAUCAAACACCACGCUUCUAAGAUUCGCAGAAAUGGCAGCAGAAACACCUUCAAUGCCACAACCACCACAUGAAAUGAUCAACAUCCAACAAGAUUGUGGCUCAGGUGGUUUCAAUCCUGGUGCCAGGUUCAUCGACGGCAUGGAGGUAAACCAAAUUGGUCAUUCACACUGGCAAUUUGGUAAGAGUUCUAACCCACUGAAUUAUGGAAGCAGCUUACCCCAGACACUCGGCUGUAUGUAUUUUUUUCCGCAAAGUGACGGCAAUGAUCUCUCCACAACGGCCAGGCCAAGCUAUGAUUUGAAUUACUCACCAAGUAACUCCAAUGCUCUUACAAAUGCUGUGAACUCACAUCACUUCACACCAGUAACACCAAAUCAUGUUACAAUCGAGUACCAGCGGUCUGCAUUACUAAAGUCCACAGCUGAUGAAACCCCAAGCCAGGAAAGAGACACAACACAAAAUCUAGUUGAAUACAGAGAAGAUGAAGCAAUACAACUACAUUGUGACGAACUUUUGCAAAAGAUUGUUGACUCUUCGUCUGCUGCCAUUUCUACACCAUACAAGGAAAACAAAGAUUCUGAGAUAAUUAAUCUGGGCUUUGAUCUGAAUGAGACACCGCAACAGAAACCACCAAAACGUAGGAAACACAGGCCCAAGGUAAUUGUGGAAGGCAAACCAAAAAGGGGACAAAAGCCUAAAGUUUCAGAAAAUACGGAACCUAAGCACCAAAAGAGGAAAUAUGUACGCAGAAAUGUUCCAAAAGAGUCAACAUCUCAAAUGGUGGAUAUUUUGGAGGGGACAGGAAAUCAUAAAACUACAUUGCCCAAAAAAAGAAGCAAGAAAAUCUUAACUUUUGAUUUUGAAAAAAUUGGAGAUGCGAAUCUGGGCAACAUAGCAGUGCAGCACGAGAUGCACAACAUGAAUGGAAAAACUCCAAGUGCCACCUUGGAAUAUCAAGCAACAGAGCUAUGUAAUGGAAAUGAUCAUGCAAGGGAUACAAUUCCAUCCAUGCUAAGUGGCAUACCUGUUGAACAUGUGGUAGAAAACCAUUUCAUGAAUCAACUGCUGAAUGGCAAUGUUCCAUUUGACAGGCAAGCAACAGUUCCUCUGUUUGAUUCAUCAAAAGAUAUGCAUAUGAAAUAUUUCAAUGUAACAGGAAGACAUGAAAUAAACAAAAAUAUUGAUCAACAGCUAAAGAGGAAGGAAGAUGAAUACAUUUGGAAACAGCAACAUGCAUGCGCAGAAGCAAUAGUCCAAGAUAGAGUUCAAGGAAGAGAUAAUUGUAAAACCCUUCAGAAGAUUAGAGAACCAACGAAGCAGGCUAUGCCUCAGCCAGUUCCAAAGACCCCCUCCUCCAGUGAAGCAAGAAGGUCAAAAAGGGACCAUUUCCAGACCACUGAACAUGCACGUCUCUCAACCACAAAGCAUAUGGAUGCUAGAACAUUGUUGCACCAAGAGUUAUAUGAGUUUUGCUCAGAAUUUUCCCAAACUACAAAGAAAAAGAAGAUUGUGGAUGACUGCAGAGGCAUCGUUAACAUUCCUUCUAAUGUCGAAGCAGCUGAGGGUUUGGAAUAUGUUGAAACAACAGGAGCACACAGUGUGAAUGCAAGGAGACUGAAAUCAAAAGCUAAUUGCACAUUAUUGAAUGCACAAUUGAGAAGAAUUGCUGAGAGAGAAAUGAAUGAAGUCAGCAUAUUCAACAGCAACAUUUAUGAUCACUCUAUCCCUUCAGAGCAUAAUAUGAAAAAUCAACAAAUUUUAUCCAAGCAACAUUCACAAACAGGAAAGACACGUUCUGCAAGGGCCCAGAAUCAUACUAACAGCCUUUCCACAGGAACCACAUUUGAGAAAAAUAAACAUCAUUCAUCCCUUCCUGAGAAGUCCACCACACUUGGAAAUGGGCAGCUAUUUCAAACUCAUUAUGCUUGCAUGUCAGAGACUCAGCAGACUGUGAAAGCCCCUCUAAGAGAAUCAACUUUGUCAGUAUUGAAUACACAAAAACCCUUGCCCAAAAAAAGAGGUCCAAAAAAGAAACCAGAACAUCUUACAGCGAUUGACGAAGUCAUAUACAAAUUUCAGAGCCUUAAUCUCAAUGGAAGUAGCAGUGGAUUACGAAGGCCAGACCAAAAUGCACUUGUCCUAUACCAAGGAAAUGGUGCAGUUGUUCCAUAUGGAGGUUUUGAGUUUAUCAAGAAGCGUAAACAACGACCUAAAGUAGACCUUGAUCCAGAAACAAACAGGAUUUGGAAUCUUUUGAUGGGCAAGGAAGGAAGUGAAGACCUAGAAGGAACAAAUAAGAAAAAGGAGAAGUGGUGGGAAGAGGAAAGAAAAGUGUUCAGUGGGAGAGUUGAUUCUUUCAUUGCACGGAUGCAUCUAGUUCAAGGAGACAGACGUUUCUCUAGAUGGAAAGGAUCAGUUGUUGAUUCAGUAAUUGGAGUCUUCCUUACUCAAAAUGUCUCAGACCAUCUUUCAAGUUCUGCCUUCAUGUCUCUGGCUGCACAAUUUCCUCUUAAGUCAACAAGCAAUAGCAUUCAAGAUAAGGUCAGCACUACAAUAAUAGGUAAAGAAGCAACAAUCCACAUAAUAAAUCUAAAUGACACCAUCAAAUGGCACGAAGACUCAAGAGAACCAAUCAAGAGCCAAAACACAGCACCCCAUCAAUAUGAUGACGGUCAAUGGAGAGAUGAUACAGCAAAAACCAAAAGAAACUUGACAGAACUACAAAGCCAAAGUUCAGAGGAAGAAAUCAUAUUCUCUCAAAAUUCUUUUCAUUCCUCAAUCACUCGAGCCACUGGAGGAAUCAGAUCAUGUUCAGGCUCAAACUCAAAGGCAAAAGAUCCUUGUACUGGAUGGAAGCCUAGCAACACUCAAGCUUCAUCUCUAACUGAUUAUUUACUGAUGGAAAAAAGUGUCUCAGUUCAGGAAGUUUAUGAUCGUGUAGAUGUAUGUACAGCAUUUGAGAAACACAAGCAUGUAAAAAUGCUAAACUCAAGCUCUUAUCUGAUGAAACACCCUGAAUUCCCUUAUACAAACAAUCCAGACUAUCCGUAUAUGCAACCAGCUCCCCAUUCUGGAAAAAGUGAGUUGUGUACGACAACUGAGCCUAGUGCACCAGAAGUAUGUUGCUUUGAAAACUUCAGUGAAAAAAGCACAUCAUCUUGGCAUUCAACCAGCUCCAGAUCAGCAAAGGGGCCAGACACAGUUUCCAAAACUUCAAUAUGUAGUGAACGAGCUGAAUGUUUCAGUAUCAGCUCUGCACAACAGAAUCAAGUUUGGAAAUCUAAAGAAACACCAUCAGCUGACCCUUGUGCAUUCUUAUGCUCACAAUCAACAAGCCAAGAAGCACUUCACUCAAACACUGAAUACAGUCGAUCUUCUUGCAGCAAUUAUCAGCAUUGGAAGAGUGAUACAUUUCAAGCAGAAAGAACUUCACUAAAAAACCGUGUAAAGUUUUCUUAUGCACUUGGCAAGAUGCAGGAUGCAACUGCAGAGACUGUUCCACAUGACAAUAAGCUCACAGAAAAAUCUUCUGAAACUGGGGAUAGUAUUUCUGCAAUAAGUAUCCAGUUGCAGAAAGAUAAUAAGUUGGUAGAGCAAAUUUCUGACCAUACUCCAAAUGAUGCGCAUACAAAAAUUUCAAAAGCAAAAAGAGGCAAUUCUACAGGUCAAAAGAAAAAUGAAGUUGACUGGGACAAGUUAAGGAGGCGGGUAGAGACCGGUAGUGACCAAAAAGAAAAAAGCAAAGAUGCAGUUGACUCAAUUGACUAUGAAGCAAUUAGAACAGCCAAUGUUAAAGAUAUUUCUGAUGCCAUCGAAAAACGAGGAAUGAACAAGAUGCUGGCAGAACGAAUCAAGGAAUUCCUAAAUCGCAUAGUCAAAGACCAUGGAAGCAUUGACCUUGAAUGGUUAAGAGAUGUUCCCCCAGAUGAAGCAAAGGAUUACUUGCUAAGCAUUCGAGGACUGGGAUUGAAAAGUGUCGAGUGUGUGAGGCUUUUAACACUUCAUCAUCUUGCUUUCCCGGUUGACACAAAUGUAGGAAGAAUAGCAGUACGAUUGGGUUGGGUACCCCUUCAACCACUUCCAGAGUCACUUCAAUUACACCUUCUAGAACUGUACCCGGUGCUGGAGACAGUUCAAAAGUAUCUUUGGCCAAGAUUAUGCAAACUUGAUCAACGAACUCUAUAUGAACUACACUACCAGAUGAUUACAUUUGGAAAGGUCUUCUGUACAAAGAGUACACCAAACUGCAAUGCAUGUCCCAUGAGAGGAGAAUGCAGACACUUCGCAAGUGCUUUUGCAAGUGCAAGACUGGCCCUACCAGGCCCAGAAGAGAAAAGAAUUGUGACUUCCAGUGUUCCUACACAAGCUAACAAUCGUGCUGUAGUUAUGAAUACUGCACUACUACCUCCACUAGAGAACAAUAUACUUGCAGAAGCUGGCUCUAAAACUGAAAAGUGUGAACCAAUCAUAGAAGAGCCUGCAACACCAGAGCAAGAAUGCAUAGAGGUGUCACAAAGUGACAUUGAGGACUCCUUUUAUGAGGACCCUGAUGAGAUCCCCACCAUAAAACUCAACAUUGAAGAGUUCACAGAAACCUUACAAAAUUACAUGAAAAAGAACAUGGAGCUCCAAGAGGGUGACAUGUCCAAGGCUUUAGUUGCCUUGAAUCCAGAAGCUGCCUCCAUCCCUAUACCUAAACUGAAGAAUGUCAGUAGACUCCGAACAGAACACCAAGUGUAUGAACUACCAGAUUCACAUCCUUUAUUGGAACAGCUUGAGAAACGAGAACCAGAUGACCCAAGUCCUUAUCUUCUUGCUAUAUGGACACCAGGUGAGACAGCAAAUUCCACUCAACCAUCAGCAAGAAGUUGCAGUUCCGACCAACCAGACAAAUUAUGUGAUGAGAAGACAUGUUUUUCAUGCAAUAGUAUUAGAGAAACAAAUUCCCAAACCGUAAGAGGGACAAUUUUGAUACCUUGUAGAACAGCAAUGAGAGGAAGCUUUCCACUUAAUGGCACAUACUUUCAAGUUAACGAGGUGUUUGCAGAUCAUGAUUCAAGUCUCAAUCCAAUCAAUGUUCCUAGAGCGUGGAUAUGGAAUUUGCCAAGAAGGAUGGUAUACUUUGGAACUUCCGUAUCAACAAUUUUCAAAGGCCUAUCAACACAAGGAAUUCAGUUCUGUUUCUGGAAAGGAUUUGUUUGCGUGAGGGGAUUUGACAUGACAACUAGGGCACCUCGACCUUUGAUAGCCAGAUUGCAUUUCCCCGCAAGUAAGUUGAUCAAGACAAAAUUGAUGACAAAAGAUGAAAGAGACUGAGUGUCAUAUGGUUACCAGCAGGAGGUACAAAAUAAGGGUCUGUUGUGCAAAAUAGAUAAAGACUACUUGCAGGGUAAAAUAGGGUCACUAACAGAUUGUUGUACAUCAUCAACCAUCCUUCCUCUAACCUGAAAUGGAUUUGCCACAUUUUGGCCAGCAGGGAGCACAGAGCAUGUUCAACAAGCUAUACCCAUAAUAAGUGGGAAGUAAUUUGUAGAAGACUAGAUAAACAUUGUUAUUCUUUCAACUUUGCUAAGCAAAGCACAUUUUCAUUAUUCAAUGUCACUCCCCAAAGGGAAGAAUAAUUGAGUAGUUUUGAUUCAUCCUAAACAAAAUAUCACAUGAUGUACGAAAUCAUUAAUGAGUUCAUACUACAUGGCUGGUAUGUUAGAGAAGACA